GAUUGUUUAAGCGGUGUAUCUCUGGAUUCUCUGGGUAAUAUUUUUGAAUAACUGAAAGAACUUGAUUAAAAUGUUCAGAAAUCAGUAUGAUAGUGAUGUGACAGUAUGGAGCCCUCAAGGAAGGAUUCAUCAAGUAGAAUAUGCUAUGGAAGCCGUGAAUCAGGGGUCGGCAACUGUUGGUUUGAAAAGUGAAAAUCAUGCUGUACUCAUUGCAUUGAAGAGAGCUUCCUCUGAAUUAUCUGCUUACCAGAAAAAAAUUAUUACUAUUGAUGAUCAUAUUGGAAUCACAAUUUCAGGCCUUACCGCUGAUGCUAGAAUUCUCAGCCGUUUUAUGAGGACUGAAUGUUUAAAUUACAAAUAUUCUCAUGAUGCAUAUUUACCUUCAAGUAGACUUAUUAAUCAGCUAGGUAAUAAAAUGCAAAUAUGCACACAACGAUAUGAUAGAAGACCUUAUGGUGUGGGUUUACUGGUAGCUAGCUAUGAUGACCAAGGAACGCAUAUUUUCCAGACGUGUCCAUCAGCAAAUUUCUAUGAUUGCAAAGCUAUGUCAAUUGGAGCAAGAUCCCAGUCUGCUAGAACAUACCUUGAAAAACAUUUAGAUGAAUUCUCAACAGCAUCUGUUGAAGAUUUAAUUAAACAUGGGCUAAGAGCACUGAGAGACACAUUGCCUCCUGAAAGUGAUCUGAACAAUAAGAAUGUUUCAGUUGGUUUUGUUGGAAAGGGGCAAAAUUUCAAGAUUCUGAAUGAAAAUGAGAUUUCUUCCUUCUUGGCUCUGAUAUCUGGAGAAGAACGCAGAGGUGGUGGUGCCGCAACGGGUGCACCUCCAAGUGGCGAUCCAGCGGGGGACGAAGCUCCCAAAGAUCCAUCUCCAGCUGUGGCAAUGGACACAGAAUGAAUGAAAAUGUUGAGAAUUUAAUUUUUCAUACAUCAUGUAUGAUAAAAAUCGAUCACCUUUUUUUUCUUUCGAUGCAUAUUGGUUAACUGCUGUGACUGCUUUGAUUUAAGGUGUUACACUUCAAUUCUUAGGCAGUCACAGCAGAAAUUCUAUAAUGCACGGAUAUCCCCUCUUUGUAUAUGCUUUUCAGAAAUUAAUUACAUUUUGCAUGUU